CUCCAAGGGUCUGAUCCUCCAUCCCUCCCGCUUCGCCAGACGCUCUCACUCUGGAAGCCCCCACCUCCCUUUCCCCAAGCCCAGAGGUCGCGCGGCCGCACACUGCGAGUACCGCGCGUCGGGGAAGGCGUCUGAGCCGCGCCGUGGGGUCUUCCCGCUCCCCCGCAGCCUCCAGGCGCGGUGCACUCUGGGGGAACAUGGCCGCUUCCGGUCUCCUUCUCUGGCCGGCGCUGGCUUGACUGCGGUCCCUGCCGAAGCACUCCGCCCUCUGCUUCUCCCGCCUCGCAGACGCCAAGACCGCUUCAGCCUUCUCCUCUGCUGCCCCUGCCGCGCCAUGGAGAAGAGCUCAAGCUGCGAGAGUCUUGGCUCCCAGCCGGCGGCGGCUCGACCGCCCAGCGUGGACUCCUUAUCCAGUGCCUCCACUUCUCAUUCAGAGAAUUCAGUGCAUACAAAAUCAGCUUCUGUUGUAUCAUCAGACUCCAUUUCAACUUCUGCCGACAACUUUUCUCCUGAUUUGAGGGUCCUGAGGGAGUCUAACAAGUUAGCAGAAAUGGAAGAACCACCCUUGCUUCCAGGAGAAAAUAUUAAAGACAUGGCCAAAGAUGUAACUUAUAUAUGUCCCUUCACUGGUGCUGUACGAGGAACUCUGACUGUCACGAAUUAUAGGUUAUAUUUCAAGAGCAUGGAACGGGAUCCUCCGUUUGUUUUAGAUGCUUCUCUUGGUGUGAUAAAUAGAGUAGAAAAAAUUGGUGGUGCUUCUAGUCGAGGUGAAAAUUCUUAUGGACUAGAAACUGUGUGUAAGGAUAUUAGGAAUUUACGAUUUGCUCAUAAACCUGAGGGGCGGACAAGAAGAUCCAUAUUUGAGAAUCUAAUGAAAUAUGCAUUUCCUGUCUCUAAUAACCUGCCUCUUUUUGCUUUUGAAUAUAAGGAAGUAUUCCCUGAAAAUGGGUGGAAGUUAUAUGACCCUCUUUUAGAGUAUAGGAGGCAGGGAAUUCCAAAUGAAAGCUGGAGAAUAACAAAGAUAAAUGAACGAUAUGAACUUUGUGACACAUACCCUGCCCUCCUGGUUGUGCCAGCAAAUAUUCCUGAUGAAGAAUUAAAGAGAGUAGCAUCCUUCAGAUCAAGAGGCCGUAUCCCAGUUUUAUCAUGGAUUCAUCCUGAAAGUCAAGCCACAAUCACUCGGUGUAGCCAGCCCAUGGUUGGAGUGAGUGGAAAGCGAAGCAAAGAAGAUGAAAAAUACCUUCAAGCUAUCAUGGAUUCUAAUGCCCAGUCUCACAAAAUCUUUAUAUUUGAUGCUCGGCCAAGUGUUAAUGCUGUUGCCAAUAAGGCAAAGGGUGGAGGUUAUGAAAGUGAAGAUGCCUAUCAAAAUGCUGAACUAGUUUUUCUGGAUAUCCACAAUAUUCACGUCAUGAGAGAAUCAUUACGAAAGCUUAAGGAGAUUGUGUACCCCAACAUUGAGGAAACUCACUGGUUGUCUAACUUGGAAUCUACUCAUUGGCUAGAACAUAUUAAGCUUAUUCUUGCAGGGGCUCUUAGGAUUGCUGACAAAGUAGAGUCAGGGAAGACGUCUGUGGUAGUGCACUGCAGUGACGGCUGGGAUCGCACAGCUCAGCUCACUGCCCUUGCCAUGCUCAUGUUGGAUGGAUACUAUCGAACCAUCCGAGGAUUUGAAGUCCUUGUGGAAAAAGAAUGGCUAAGUUUUGGACAUCGAUUUCAACUAAGAGUUGGCCAUGGAGAUAAGAACCAUGCGGAUGCAGACAGAUCGCCAGUUUUUCUUCAAUUUAUUGACUGUGUCUGGCAGAUGACAAGACAGUUUCCUACCGCAUUUGAAUUCAAUGAGUAUUUUCUCAUUACUAUUUUGGAUCACCUAUACAGCUGCUUAUUCGGAACAUUCCUCUGUAAUAGUGAACAACAGAGAGGAAAAGAGAAUCUUCCUAAAAGGACUGUGUCGCUGUGGUCUUACAUAAAUAGCCAGCUGGAAGACUUCACUAAUCCUCUCUAUGGGAGCUAUUCCAAUCAUGUCCUUUAUCCAGUAGCCAGCAUGCGCCACCUAGAGCUCUGGGUGGGUUAUUACAUAAGGUGGAAUCCACGGAUGAAACCACAGGAACCUAUUCACAACAGAUAUAAAGAACUUCUUGCUAAACGAGCAGAGCUUCAGAAAAAAGUAGAGGAACUACAGAGAGAGAUUUCUAACCGAUCAACCUCAUCAUCAGAGAGAGCCAGCUCUCCUGCACAGUGUGUCACUCCAGUCCAAACUGUUGUAUAAAGGAUUGUAUAAUGAGGGGCAUCAUUGCUACACACUCUUGUUUACAGUGGCAGCUCUGAGUAGAAAGUCUUCCAAAUUUAGAACCCAUCUAUGAGAGAAAGUUCAGUCACUUUAUUUAUUUUAAAUCUCUCUAGGAUGAGUUUAGAACUCUAACAGUGCAGGUGGCUUAAGUGAAAUAACUCCAUAUGUAAUUACAUGAUUAUGACACUAAUCUUUUAAGUAUCCAGAGAAUAUUAAAAUACUUCAAUCCUGGAUCCACAGUGGGAACAAGUUUCUAUUAUUAAAAGGAAAAUACUGUUAUAAAUCUUACCAUCUGGUAAUAUUAAAUAAAACCAUUUUAGAAAUACACUCUGGUCACUAUGCGGAGGAACAGUUUUCAAACCAACACUGAAAUUCUGUGGCAUCAUAUAUAUUGGGCCUUGAUACCAUGACAGAUCAAAAUCAUUUGAUAUCACUUUCUCCAUUCUACGUUUUCCUUUUUUUUUGCAGUAAUUGAUUUACCUUGACCAAUUUUUUUUUUAACUUCCAUAUUCUUCAUAUAAUAAAAGGCAGAGUGUUGAAGAUAUUAUGGCAUAGUCGUAACUGGAAAAUUACUGCUGUCAUUAUUUACAUACUUAAGGUGUAUUAGAAAGUUGAUACAAAAUGGGAGGCCUUGUAGAUAUACUUGGGGGAAGAUAAAGGGGAGAAAGUAGCCAUACAGGAGUUCAGAGAAUUCCACGCCCAUGCCCUUCAUACUAGCCCAGUUACCAGAAACAUCAUGGAAGGUAAACUAAUGAUUUACUCUACUUCAUUUCACUUGUUCUGUGUGUCUAAACACACACAGAAGCAAACUGGCAAGUUUUUAAAAAGUAUUUAAAAAUCUUACUAGGACUGACAUUUUUUUUUUCUCAAGUCUGUAUAAACAGCUUAUGGUGAGAAGUACUAUGCUCAAAUUUUAUAUUACAUUUUUUUUCCUUUGCAAAUUCUGUAAUUCCACUGAAUGAUUAAGUCUACCAAAGAACAUACUGCAUGUAAAAGAUGUAUUACAAUCUCAAAGCCAGUAAAAGAAAUCUUGCCUCACUGUUCACCUGCUAUAAGUAAGAGUUCAGUGCUGGUAGAAACAUUUGACUCUGAUGUCUGUUUUACUCUAUGUAAGAGCCAUAUGUAAUGUACUGUAACAAAGGAGCUUCUUGUCCCUUGGUCUUUUAAUUAAAAGAAAUUCCAACUGACUUUUAAAUUUU